CGUGGAAGAAGCUACGACUCCUGCGACGUGAGUCGCGAGCCGUGCUGGUUGGGCGGUGGUGGUGGUGGUGGUGGCCACGAAGAGGGUAGAGUAACGGUUUCCUAGCCGCCGAGGGAAAGGUAGAGGCUUGGUGGUGGCGUUUGUGAAGGCAACCUGUGGCAAGAUGGGCUGCGCCAUGUCCGCUGAAGAGCGGGCCGCACUGGCCCGUAGCAAGCAGAUCGAGAAGAAUCUGAAGGAGGAUGGUAUCCAGGCUGCUAAGGAUAUCAAGCUGCUACUGCUUGGUGCCGGAGAAUCUGGGAAAAGUACCAUCGUUAAACAAAUGAAAAUUAUCCAUGAAAGCGGAUUUACACCGGAAGACUUCAAGCAGUACAGGCCCGUAGUAUACAGCAACACGAUACAAUCUCUAGUCGCUAUUCUCAGAGCGAUGCCGAAUUUGGACAUCAACUUUUCGACCAAUGAACGGGAGCCGGACGCGAAAAUGGUGUUCGACGUGAUCCAAAGAAUGGAGGACACGGAACCAUUCAGCGAGGAGCUUUUGGCUGCGAUGAAUAGACUUUGGGCCGACAGCGGGGUCCAGGAAUGCUUUGGCAGGAGCAACGAGUAUCAACUCAACGACUCGGCGAAAUAUUUCCUGGAUGAUCUAGACCGAUUAGGGGCCAGGGAUUAUCAGCCUACGGAGCAAGAUAUUUUAAGGACCCGUGUUAAAACAACGGGAAUAGUCGAAGUCCACUUUUCUUUCAAGAAUCUUAAUUUCAAAUUGUUCGACGUGGGCGGCCAAAGAAGCGAACGUAAGAAAUGGAUCCAUUGCUUCGAGGAUGUUACCGCGAUCAUAUUUUGCGUUGCGAUGUCCGAGUACGAUCAAGUCCUGCACGAAGACGAAACGACGAAUCGAAUGCAAGAAAGCUUGAAACUGUUCGACUCAAUUUGCAAUAACAAAUGGUUUACCGACACCUCGAUUAUUCUCUUCUUGAACAAAAAGGAUCUUUUCGAGGAGAAAAUUCGCAAGUCUCCGCUCACCAUUUGCUUCCCCGAAUAUGCCGGGGCGCAAGAGUACGGUGAAGCAGCCGCGUACAUCCAGGCGCAAUUCGAGGCGAGAAACAAGUCAACCACUAAGGAGAUCUACUGCCACAUGACUUGCGCUACUGAUACCGACAACAUUCAAUUCGUGUUCGACGCAGUCACAGACGUCAUUAUCGCCAAUAAUCUCCGUGGCUGCGGUCUCUAUUAGGAUAAAUAUUGCCGUCGUGGAGCCGAUCGACCGACACACACUCACACUCACAUGCAUAAACACGACAGACAUGUAUUGCGAGAACGGGGGAGCGCGUGAGAAUGAGAGACUGCGAGAUUGUCAGGUUGCCGAGAGAAAGAUCGCGUGACAGAGGGGGAGAGAACGGCUGAAAGAACGGGAACGAGAAAAAGAGAUACACCUAUGUACCACCGCUACUACUACCGACCACCUGCGGAUACCUUCUCGACUUUUUUUAUCAGACACCUCUUUGUGCCAGCUCUUUCAACCUUUCUCCUUAUCAUACGCAAUGCAUUAUGUGCUGCUAAAGUGCUGCUAUGUAAGUAGGUUCACUUGUACAAUUCCUGAAUCCUCUCGCAUAAUAAUUUAGUAAUUACUAUAUUAUUAGCGAACCGAGAAUUCAUCAGUUAUAGGGUUCUCUUCUAUCAUUUUUCAUUGAACGGAAUGAUCAAAUAACUUAUGAUUUGCAAACUCUUAUAUAUUUCAUCAACAAAUUUCUUACCAUUGUGGAAGGAUAAUCUGUAACUUUUGAAUUGUAAAGUUUCACCAAUAAUAUUAGUUCAAUUGUCCAUGGUGAUUGAAUUAAGACCACGUGAAAUUUUCAACGGUUCUCAUUGUUACCGAGAAGUGUUAGCGAAAUCUUUUAUGGGAAAGUUAAAGGCAAAUGAAGGACGUCAUUCUAAUUCAAUGAACAGGGAUUGUAGAAGUUAGGAACUUCUCCCUGAGAAAGAUUUCUCAGAUUACUGACUGAUAUUAUAAAAAUAAUAUCUGUUGUGGAGUGUUGUUAGUAAAUCGCUUCUUCCAAUUGUCUUUUGAAGCGAGCAGAGAAUCGUGUAGGGACUUUUAAUAUCGGCAGCAUCAAGAAUGUUUCUCUACUAAAGAAAUUCAUCUUAUGAUUUGAAUUUUAUGUCUGGAAGAGAAUAGAGAAUAGCUUUCGGUUAAUCAAUCCUUCGAGCUAAAUACAUCUGGAUUGAAAUUGCAGUUAUUUACUAUUCUGCUUUUAAGUACUGAAUCCAAUCUUAAAAUGAAUUUCUCAAUAAAGAAACGUUCUUUUCUACAUCAUAAUCAGAUUUGAUUGCUGUAUUAAUUGCAACAGAGGACUUAACAUUGCCUUUACUCAUUGGUCAUUUUGUAUUUUAAACCGAUUGUGACUGAGUCGGUCUAUUAACGUUGGACAAUCUAUUAAACCAAUACCGAGUACUGUGAUCGAUCUUUUUGUUAACUGCCAGAACUGGUGAAUUUGUCAUAUAUAAAAAUCUAUUUUUGCGUCGAUAUUUGAAACUAAAAAAUUAUAUACAAAUGAGUGAAUUUCAUAUUUUAAACUUUGUUAAGAUUCAAAAGCUUGUAUAAUAUUACUUGUUUACUUAAAAAAAAUUAUCUGGGUCAAAGGGUCAAUAGUUAAGUCCUUCGUAAUCAAAAAUAUGGAAUUAAGGGAUAUGUUGAAAGAGGGCGCACAAUGAUCAAUCCAGAUUUUUCAUACAUUUCGCGGCAAAUCGCACAAAGACCAAUCACGAAGCACACUCGAAUCUCGAGAUCCUUCAUCUGAUUUUAUUGUAAAUUAGGGAAAGAAGAAUAUAGUUAUCUGUUCAGGUAGAAAAUUAAGCUGAACAACAAUUUUUUAACAUAGCAAAUAAUCCUAGUUAAUAGUUUAACUUGAAAAUUUUUUUGGUAAAAGAAAUAAUUUCUUUAAAAAUUGUUCAUUUGACAAACACUUUAAUUUUCUACCUGGGAAGAAACGAUUUAUAAGCUAAUAAUACAAUUUUCCUUUUUCACGAGUAGUAUAAUAAUAUUCAACUACUUUAACUUUAGUUGAAUAAGCAUGUUACGUUCAUCGCCGAUCGCACAAGUCGCGCACAAGUCGCGCACAAGAAACCGACGAAAAAAGUAUAUUUUUCUCUCAUACAAAAUAUUUUCUAUUUUCCGUGCAAAUCUACAAUUCCUACAUCUGUCGGAUACGUAUAAUAUUAUACUAUUCGGUUUUCGGUCAGUUCCUUUCGGUUAGAAAACUAAAUAAAAAAUGCGCUAAAAUUGUGUAAAAAGCAUAUAAACGCCGUUGAUCGAAACAAGCGAGAUUUAAGCGACACCAUAAAAACUCGAUAGAUAAGGUCAGAAUAGUGCAAGAUUGUCAAAGCAUGCAAAAAAAAAAAAAGACGUGAACAUCUUGAUGCGUAGAUAUUUAAUUAAAAUUCGAAUUCCGAUUCGUCAAACAUUUUUUGGCAACGAUUCGAGCAAGAUUCGUAACGCUAUGGACAAAUGGCGCACCGUGCAUGAGAAAGAAUUCUUCACUGUUUUUCCCUUAAAUUGAAUCAACAGUUUCGUUUCGUUCCAUUGUCACGCACAUUUACGCGACUGUACGCACAUGAUCGCACAAUUACACGCAACGACGCAAUCACACACACGUACACACGUUACACGUAUAUACAGGGUAUUCAGAAAUAGGUGGCCGAACUGUGGUAUAGUGUAGAAUACGAUACCAAUGUUUGGCCACUUAUUUCUGAAACAUUCUGCAUAGGACAUACGUUGAAGUGUUUACAUUUGCGAAAAGUGUAAGAGGUUCCACUCAACGAAGCUAGGAUCCUUGAAUUUCAGAAUUUUCUUCGUACGAUUUAGUUACCUUCUUACGCAAUUACGUUUUACGUUUCUUGAUUAGGUCAGGUGUGUUUAAGGAGCUUUCAAUUAUUCGAUGAAAUCUUAAUUUCGUAUUAAGUGAUAGUAGUGUUUUUGGAUCGACAGAAGCCGUGUCUUUACACUUCUUUUUUCAUCGAAGCAGUCCUUACUGACUUUAAAACGAAUAUCAGUGCAGACCGAAACAUUCCACGUACAGUCAAACGCAGUUCCCCCUUUUCUAUUUUUCCUUGGUUCGUAUUUAAUCAUCGCACAAUGUACCAAUUUUCGUUUUUUUUUCUUUUUUUUUUUAUAAUCUUUCUAUUUGAACGACUUUUUAUUUUUGUUUUGUUUUUUUUUUUUUUUUUUUUUUUUUGGAAAAGAUUUCACUCUCUUUUCCGGAAUUGCAAUUGCGAUUGAAAUGAGGAGCUGUGGCAGAAUUUUUGGGAAUUUUUGUAGGAAUCUUUUUACCAAAGAUAUUUGUUUAAAACUUUUAUAUAAAAAAAUAUCAUAUUCUAAAUUUAUAAUUAAUGUUUGUUGGGAUUUUUUAAAAUUUAUUUAAAAUAGUUGCAAUUGCAAUUCAUCGCUGUUCAAUUGUAAUAUAAAUUAAAAUAUCGAGAAGUGUUUGACCAAAAAGAACCAAAGAAUCGAGUAGAACAAUAAUUACAAAUGUAAAGAAAAAAGAAAGGGAAGAAGGAAGAAAGAAAAAAUAUUCUCAAAAUUAAUCUGAAUUAUGUAGGCCAAGGCCAAGAAGAAUUUCACUAUUUUUUCUUUCGGCGAUUAGUACCAAAAGAAAGAACACCUUUCUUCUACGUUUCGAUUUUGAUUUUUCCUAAUCUUUCUUUUUUUCUCUUUUUGUUUUUAUACGUCGAUUUUUGCGAAUUAUUUUUAUAUCGUUAGUUGGAUCUAGAGGAUAAAAACAAGAUUUAAAAAAAAAGAUAGUAUUACUGUCACCGCCGUUGCCAUAUUACUGUAAAAGUUAAUAUAUAAAUUUUAGGGCUAUCGAUUAUAAUUAAUUAAGUAUUCCUAUAUGUAGUAGCCAUAAUUAUGUAUAAAUAAGUACGCAUAUAGAACUUCUAGUCAAAUAGAGAACGUACUAGCUCGUACAAAAAGAAAAUGUGUAACGAUCGGGGAAGUGAUUGCUUUGAUUUAUUUCUUUCGCAGCGAGGAUUUUUAUUACUCUUAACUAUUAUUAUUAAUUUUCAGUUCGUUUCAAUAUCUGUAAUCGAUAAUAAAUUGACAGGAAGAUGUAGCUUUUAUAUUUAUACUUACACUAUCGGUUAGAAUAUUUGAGGCGCCAAAUUUAAACUAGUGAUUAACGAUUUGAUUGAUUUAAAAGAGAAAAGAAAAGUUUAAGUUUCAACCGACAAAGAAGAAGCAACCAGUGAAAUGAAAAUAAAGGAUAACGAUAGAUUGUAAAUCGAGAUAAUUGUAAUACGUAACGGAUGUGCAAUUUCGAAUUUAGAAAUUGUAAUUCAGUUAUUAUUAUAACCGCCUAGGAUAAAUGCAAUGAAUUAAACUGUGUAUAGCAGUGAUCGCCUUGAUAUUCUUCAUUCUUGUUGGUUUUUCCCCGAUCAGGCUCGCCAGUAGCAGUCGAAGCUGCUAGUGAAAUUUCCCUAUAUUUCUCGAGGGUUGCUUCUGAAUUUGAAGAAAUGGGAAGAGUCACAUUCAUGAAUAUUUCUACAUUAAACUUUCUGUAUUUAUCGUUUUCAUUUAAAUUACUUAUAUUUUUUUUCACUUAUUUCGUUCGUUUAUUUCAAUUUUCUUUUUAUUCGCUUACCAGCGUGAAAUUCAGGGAUUUUUAAGUGAAAACCACGAAAACCUUUCGAUUUUUGCACGACGACAUAUUUCUCGCCUUCGGACGCUUUUUUAUGCCAUAAGCUAUAAAUUGUUAUUGUUUUGUAAUAAGCACACACUCUCAUCCGGCUAAUUAUUGAACUAAUGGCAAGUCGCGAUUUUUCAAUCUACAACAUUUUUACCAGCUCAAUCAGUUAACUUAACAGCUACCGAUAUAUCUUCAACAAAAGAAAUUUCAAAUUUUGAAUUUGCAUUUGAAAGAUAACAAAGGAACAAGAAAUUACUAGAUUGUGGAUCGAGAAAUCGUUAUCGUUGCUCCUAAUUAUCGAGAAGCAGCAGUUCACGGUUUGUAAGUUCCAACGAGAAUUAGAAACCGAAAAAAAAAAAAAAAAAAAAAAGAAAAAAUAGAAUAGAAUAAAAA